AAGCAAGAAAAAUAGGAAGAGAGAGAAAGAGGGAGACUGGGUGGGAGAGGGAGGGAGAGAGAGCGCUAACGCUCGUCUCCGAGAUUGAUCGCCGAAAUCAUUCUCUGCAUUAUCGAAAUUCUGAGUUUUUAAUUUUAGGAUUCUCUCUCAGACUAUCAGAAAUUUUUUUUGAUUGUUUUAUUCCCUUCUUGCCCUCAAUCCUGGUCGAUCAACUCGUCGACUCUUCACCCACACUCUCAUCAAAAACCCUAAUUUAUCGUUUUGAUUCUGAUGGCUACGAACGUUAGUGCUAACAACACCAAUUCGGCCUCCUCGGCUAAUCAAUCGCCACGUCACUCCACCGGCGAUAACACCAUCGGGAGCCCUCAACCGCGUCGCGCCACGAGGGCAGUGACGUCGCCAGCGCCUUGGACGCAUAUCGUGCGCGGAGAACCUGAGCCGAUCGCGGCAGCUCCGUCAUCGCCAUCCAAUACGACGUCGCUGUCUUCGUCGACGUCAUCGAUGGCUGCGAUUGAGCCAGGUGUCGCUUCAGUGGGAGCGGAGGAGGGCUUGGGGGAGGCCUCGGAGAAUGGGCUGAACGGCAAUGCGGGGAAGAGGCCCGCCUGGAACAAGCCGUCGAAUGGUCCAGGCCCGGAGGUUGGCCCGGUCAUGGGUGGUGCGGUCUCCUGGCCCGCUUUGUCGGAGUCCACCAGGGCUUCCGCGAAAUUGCCUUCGGAAUCGUUGAAAGGCUCAUCUGAUAUCGGAUCACCUAUCGCUAUAUCUCAGGGGACUGGAGCAGCACCUUCUUCCUCACAGAAACAGAACAGUAAUAAUGUGAAUCCUAAUUCAACAUCAAGCCAUAAUGUACCUUCACGGCAGAGACCAAUUAAGCGUUCUAGUGCAAGCACAUCCUCCAAUGGUGGCCUCUCUCAUCAGCAGCAAGCACCAGCAGGUCUGGUUAUUGAGACGGCUCCAAAUAACCCUUCACCGAAGGACCAUAUGCAAAGGAGCGGAUUUGGGUCGCAAUCCCAUAGUGGUAAUGAUCAUCCGCAUCAUCGCAGCUCGUUUAGGAGCCGCAAUGGUGGAUCACAUCCACGUGGAGAUGGUUCUCACAAUCAUGGUUAUGGAGGCAGGCGUGACCAAGACCGUGGAAAUCAAGAUUGGAAUGCUCAUCGGAAUUUCCCUGGUAGAGACACCCACAUGCAGCAACAGAGGGUUGUGCCUAGGUUUAUAAGGCCCCCACCACCACCACCGAAUUCUGCCCCAUUUAUUCCCCCACCACAAAUGCGGCCUUUUGGCACUCCCAUUGGUUUCCCUGAACUGCCACCACAAGUGGUAUAUGUUGCUACUCCACCUCCUGACUCAAUCAGAGGCAUGCCUUUUGUUGCCCCAAUACCACCUCAUGCAGUUUUUCUCCCUGCUCCAGAUCCUCAGUUGCAUACUAAGAUAGUUAAUCAGAUAGAUUAUUAUUUCAGUGGUGAGAAUUUAAUUAAAGAUACAUACUUGCGGCAGAACAUGGAUGACCAGGGCUGGGUUCCUAUUAAAUUGAUAGCAGGCUUCAACAAAGUUAUGCACUUGACAGAAAAUAUCCAGCAUAUAGUGGAGGCUCUUCGAGCUUCAAGUUUUCUGGAAGUACAGGGUGACAAAGUAAGAAGGCGGCACGAUUGGCAGAGAUGGAUAAUGCCACCUGCAGUUCAGUUUCCUAAUACUUCAGGCCAACAGACCUAUGGAAAAUCCAGUCACGAUAUGCUGACAGCUCAAGUCCAAAACAUGGCACUGGAGAAGACUGCUGACCUCAGCAGUGCAAGGGGACAAUCAGAUGUUCGUGCUGAGGCAUUCCAAAGUGGACUACAAUCUGGGGACUUGAGCAACCAGUUCCAGCUGUCUGGUGGGAAGAGGACAGAUCAAGUCAAUUCUCAAGCUGGUUCGGAAAGAAAUUAGAGUAAGAGAGUCUGUGUGCACUUUUUUUUAAGAACUAAUUUCUGAAGAAAAGAGGGGAAGGGAGGGACUUGAACUGCAGGUAGUGGUCUUUCCAUGGUACUAUAGAACAUGAUUUCUCAUGAGCACAUGGGAAGCCAUUAUUUGGAAGGGGAACAGGGAAACUUAUUACGGAACAGAAAAAGAUUAAAGCAGAAAAAAAAAAAAAAAACAAAAAACAAAAAGAACCAUUUAUGACUCGAGCUAGUAGCAGCAUGUAUGGUUUUUGUGGGGGUUUUGCAUUUAACUCCAUUGCUCUUUAUGGUGGCAUGAUCAAUGUUUUUGUAUUGGGAAUUUUUAUCUCAUUUCCCUUGCCUGCCCCUCAGCUGGUUUUUUUGAAUCUUUGGGGUCAGAUCACCUCCACUUUCCGGAGGUAUACAUAUAAUUCUGAGUGAUGCAAGUGCUUGGUGGAUUCAUGUCUGCCGACUGUGAGGGGGAAGAGAGGUGGGUGGCUUUUGCUGGAUGCUGCAGCUCGUGUUACAACUGCUAUUUUUCUUUUCUUGAUCCAUCUUUUUUUUUUUUUUCCUUUUUUGGAUUUCUGUGUCACAUAUUUCAUACUUAUAUUAUUACAUUUAUAUGUAUAUCUUAUUUCUUCAAACCCUUUGAAGAAUCUACUGCAUAAAGAUGGUCCCUUUGGGGACAAUCCUUUGGAUUUUCCAGAUUUGGGCUGGAUGUUGUUGGCAUUCAUGUUAAUUUAAACUUUGGAGCUUUUGGAACUUGGCCCUCUCUGAAUUGGAUUAACCCUUUUACGGUGUUGUUUC